UUGUUGCAAAGCCCACUACUACGUCCCACGACUCCCAGCACUCUUAACAUUAGGCUGAUUCAAUAAAAGCUAAAGCAUUAUUUAUUUAUUGAUUGAUUUAUUUUAUUGGUGUUUUAUGCCGUUCUCGUCUAAAGCAAUAAAAUCUCCAAAGAGUAAACCCUUAAUUGGACGGGAUAUAUUUCAUUCUCCCGUUCUCCAGGACUUGCUGACAUUAAGUGGUCGACGACCAGUUGUUCAUUGAAGAACACCUGACUUGCAUCAAAAUGUGGGCUGCGGAUAUCCAUUUAGUUAGUUAGUGUGGUGUUACACAACAAUCAUAAACAAGCCACACAGUUAAGAAAGAAGGAAGCAACAGAAUUAGCCCUUGAACAUUUUGACCAGUUCUAUAGCCCAGUAUAUGGAAAGCUUUGGCCAUCCAUUCGUAUCUCUCUGCUGUGCUCACAAAAAUACUGUGCCUUAGUGAAUAACUUUCAUGCCUCCCCAGAUGCAGUCAUGGAAGAGCUACAGUCAAGGGGAGCUUAUAAUUUCCUUACUGGUACAAACUCAUUUAAACAUGUUUAUAGAUCAUGUCAAAAUGUCAAUGAAAAUGAGGGAACAUCGUCACAGAGAAAGGAAAAUAAUCUAUUGAUGGAAAAUUCAAAUAUCCAGGAUGUGGCCUCAACAGACCUAGCCAAGGAAUCGCGAGAAGAAAAUACUUCUUAUUCACCAGAAAAUACAGAAGACUGUGAUGCAGGAAGAACUCCAGCAGAGCCAACCACCAGGCUGAAUCAGGACCUUUACAGUAGUUUUAUUCCAGCACAGAAAGUGUACUCAGACAGGCAAUUGUUAAAAGAUCAAGAAGUGUCUCAGAGCAUUUACGAACCUCUCAACAUUGAAGUGCCUGUUAUUGAAGACUCCAUGAUAAAGAUACCCAAACAUUUGAAAGUGUUUGUUCACCCUUUUGGGGAUGUUAGUGAUUUCCCAGCACCCAAACGAGACCAAUGCGGAAUGCUAGAAUAUUACCUGAUGGAUGCUGCCUCAGUGUUACCUGUGAUAGCCCUGGCCCCUGGCCCUGCUGACUCUAUCCUGGACAUGUGUGCGGCCCCUGGAGGGAAGACACUGACCAUGUUACAGACACUAACCACUGGGAACAUUCUGGCCAAUGACAUCUCAAGGUCAAGGUUACAGAGAUUAGGGUCAAUUCUAGAGUACUACUGUCCAAAUGCCUGCACACAUGUAAAGAAAUCACAGAUCAGUGGUCAGAAGUUUGACUCUCCUAUGUUUGACAAGGUACUGGUUGAUGUUCCGUGUAGUACAGACCGACAUGUUCUGACUUCAGAGGAAAACAACUUAUUCAAACCAGGACGAAUUAAUGACAGACUUCAGAUCACUAAUAAACAAAAGGAGCUGUUGUUAGCUGGAAUAAAGAGCUGUAAGCCUGGUGGGACUGUAGUGUACUCAACGUGUAGCCUGGCCCCAACUCAGAAUGAUGGAAUCAUACAGGCUGUGUUCGAAGAUCUCUGGAACACAACCAAGAUUGAUAUAGCCGUAGAAAAUAUCAGCUGGAUGAGCAAAGCCUUCAGCAAUACUUUUCGAUUUUUUGACAACUGUCGAUUUGGUCAGCUAGUGUUGCCAACACUGAGGGCAAAUUUUGGUCCUAUGUACCUGUGUAAAAUUAAAAGAAUAAAUUAACCAGAU